GACAGUGUCAGGUGAAUCUUUUAUCAUUGGCGUGUUUUCCUUUUUUGCUGUGCCGUCUUGAUAACAAAAUUCCGAGUCGUGACACGGUUGCAGAGCGAUGCUGUGCAUGUGUGUUUAUCGAAAUUCUCGAUAAAUCAACGAGAGUGGAAACUACUUCUGAAAGAUGUAAAAGAAAGAGAGAAAUUAAAAGUAAACAGAAGCGGCAAGGGUGGAGCAGUUGUGAAUAAAAUUCGAGAGGGACACGUUAUUACUUUAUAGUAAUUGGCCUAACUUCUAGAUUAGAUAUGACGCUGUACAGACCACGUGGAGCACUGGCCCGUGCAAUUUUCGAAAAAGUGCACAAUGAUCAGUAUUUAGAUGGCUACGACACAAAACUGUGGUAUCAAGUCACAAAACCGUUACCAAACCAUUUCCAAUCCAAAUUCAUCGCACUACAAUGUCCUGAUGACAUAACCAUCGGCUGGUUGGAGAAGGCCAAAUCAUUAUCAGCCAACCUUUGGUUACAAAUCUGGCAUGUGGUGGCUCGGAUAUUCCUUAGUAUUUUUAUGACUCAAACAGACGUCAACGGUCUACUGAAGCGGGGCUCAAUGUUCAUUCUUUCCGAAGUGCAGUUUUCACGGUUACUAACAGCUGGCGGCUUCGAUUUGAAAAACUUCCGUAAUUAUGAAACUAUAGAUAUGCUAGAUAUUGGUGCUGGUGACGGCGAAAUUACGACGCGGCUGGCUAAAUCUGUGAUAGGAAUGGGCUUAGAUGUAUACGUAAAAGUUUUUGCCACAGAAACAAGUUGGACAAUGCGAGAGCGCCUGCAAAAGCAACAGUUCAUUGUACUGGAGAAUAUUCGAGAUGUAUGUAACAUUCCUUUGGUGUCAUGCUUGAACGUGUUAGACAGGUGCGUUGAUCCGCAUCAAAUCCUGCAAGAUAUAUACGAUGUGUUAGCACCAAACGGGCGUGUGUUGAUAGCGUUAGUCCUACCGUAUGUUCACUACGUGGAGUUCAAUACCUCACAUUUACCCCUAAAACCAUUAAUGCCUCAUUGGCCCGAAAAAGCUCGUCAAUACUCAUUCGAAGAUGAGGCUACAAUGUUUUUCGAAAUGCUCGAACAAUCUGGAUUCCAAGUUGACGCUUGGACUAAAGCUCCGUAUCUUUGUGAAGGAGAUUUACGACAAUCAUUUUAUUGGUUAGUUGAUGUUGUGGUUGUGGCAUCAAAAAGGUAAAAUCUUAUGUGCUAAAUUUUAAGACGUAUAUAGUUUGUAAGCGAAAACAAAAGUAAAAUAUUUAAUUGAAUUUUACUAUGAAAUGGUAAGAAAAUAACUAUAGACUGUGAAUUUGUUUUGUUCUAUUGAAUCAUGAAAAUUAUAGUUAAAAUAAAAAAAUCGAUGGUGUAAUG